AAUUGAAAAAAUCCAAUUUAUAAAAAAUUGUUAUAAACUAUUACAAAAAAUCCAAACCACAUGGAAGUAUAUAAACCUGUUUUAUUACAUGGGCCACUAUCUGGAAUUUUUCUCACUUGUUUUGUUGUCCAUUUCAUCCCCUCCAGAAUGUAAGUUCCUCAAAUGUGGGGCCUUCCUGUCCUGUCUUCUCUCUGUCUCUUGUCCCUGAAAUCACCCUUGGGACAUGCUGCCCCAAAGUAGUUGUUGAUUGGAUGACCCCCCUUGGUCAAAAACUUGGUGUGGUUCCUUCUUUACUCUUGUGAUUGCUUAUAAUGCGCACACGCACGCACACACGCACACACACAAUUUUGCAACUUCAUUUUUCUCAUUCAGCAAUAUAACAUGGAAAUCCUUUCAUUAUUGAACACACAGAUUUACCUUAUUCUAUAUAUUAUAGUGUAGAUUAGGAUUUUUGACCUUGGCACUGUUGACAUCAUGAGCCAGAUAAUCCUUCAUCAUGGGAUCGGGCCUACGCACUGUGAGACAUUUAGCGGUGCCCCUCGCCUCUGCCCAUCAGAUGCUAGUAGCACUCCUCCCACACCAGUUGUGACGACCAAAACUGUCACCAGAUGUUGAGAAAUGUCCCCUGACAGGCAACACUGUCCCCAGUUGAGAAACUUUAUGGGUAUUUCAUUUGUAUCCAUUAUCCUGUUAAGCCCCAAAGUAGAGUUGCUUUGUAACUUAGGAGUCUGAGAAAGCAAAAUCGAAAUGUUAACUAUUAACCUAACUCCUGGAAUUCAACCUUUACACUCGGCUGAAUGCCCUGGAAACUGUUUGCUUCAAACAUGUGUAUUUUCUCUUUAAGGUCCUAGACUGAAAAUUUUAAAUCAAGAGUUUAACAUCCUCUUAGAUGUUACCAGGUAAGAAAGUGCUCAUCGUCUAUGCACACCAAGAGCCCCGGUCCUUCAACGGCACCUUAAAGAACGUGGCCGUGGACGAGCUGCGCAGGCAGGGCUGCGUGGUCGCGGUGUCCGACCUGUAUGCCAUGGACUUUGAGCCGAGGGCCACGAGGAACGACAUCACUGGUGCUCUCUCCAAUCCCGAGCUGUUCAAUUACGGGGUGGAAGUCUAUGAAGCCUACAAGAAGCGGUCUCUGGCCAGCGACAUCACUGAGGAGCAGAAAAAGGUUCAGGAAGCUGAUCUAGUGAUAUUUCAGUUCCCGCUGUACUGGUUCAGCGUGCCGGCCGUGCUCAAGGGCUGGAUGGACAGGGUGCUCUGCCAGGGCUUUGCCUUCGACAUUCCCGAGUUCUACGACGCCGGUUUUCUCAAGGAUAAAUUAGCCCUCCUGUCCCUGACCACGGGAGGCACAGCCGAGAUGUACUCGAAGGCAGGAGUCAGCGGAGAUUUUCGAUACUUCCUGUGGCCGCUCCAGCAUGGUGCGUUGCACUUCUGUGGAUUUAAAGUCCUUGCCGCUCAGAUCAGUUUUGCUCCUGAGAUCGCAUCAGAAGAAGAAAGAAAGGGGAUGGUGGCUGCGUGGGCCCAGAGGCUGAAGACCAUCUGGAAGGAAGAGCCCAUCUCCUGCACGCCCCCAUGGUACUUUGGGCAGUAAGUCUAUGCCAUGUGCUCAUCAUGUGAGCAACACACUAGGAGCAUAGACAAAGGGAAAUGCUGUCAUGGAAUAAAGUCACAAUAUAGCAAACUGGAAACAUGUAAUGAAGUAUAUGAAAGAGUCUCUUGAGAGUUUUGUAUGGCCAGAUCAAACAUUUCAAUAAUCAGUUUAUUAUAUUGAAUUCUA